UGAGCUGGAGGCAUUUGUUGAAGACCUGAAGAGGGACUCCGCUGCUUCCAGCAAGACAGUUACACUGAAAGAUGUUGAAGAUGGAGCCUUUCUUUUGCGUCAAGUGGGAGAAGCUGUUGCCACCCUGAAAGGAGAGUUCCCAACUUUGCAGAACAAGAUGCGGGCGAUCCUGCGGAUUGAGGUGGAGGCUGUGAGGUUCCUGAAGGAGGAGCCACACAAGCUGGACAGCUUGCUGAAACGUGUGCGCAGCAUGACCGACGUCCUCACCCUGCUCAGGAGACAUGUUACAGACGGACUGCUGAGGGGUGUGGAUCCAUCCCAAGCCGUGCAAUUCUCUGCUACAGAAAAGGCCACUGCAGCUGACACGCUGAAAAGCCAGGAGGAGCUCAAGCAUGCCCAGGGACAUGCACAGCAAAACCUCACAGCAGUCGCAUCAGAGUCCCAGGUGUCGUCAGUCAAGUCAGAAGUCGUCCCCUUCUCAACAAUGACAGUCCAUCAUGUGCAGAGCUCGCCUGUUGUCAUCCAUCAGUCUCAGCACUCCUCAGCCCUGGUCAACCAUGCCCAGGGCUCACCCACAGCAGCCAGCCACAGCGAAGGGGUGCCCGUGGGUGGCCACCUCUCAGCUACCCCAGUAGCCCCCCUGCAAGAGCCCGCAACAGGAUCCCAGCUCACACAGGCCACGCCAGCACCACAGGUCUCUGUCAAUGGCACCACCAUGCAAAGUCUUUUCAUUGAGGAAAUUCACAGUGCAAGUACCAGAAACCGAGCUGUAUCAAUUGAGAAAGCUGAAAAGAAAUGGGAAGAGAAAAGACAAAACCUUGAUCACUAUAAUGGAAAGGAAUUUGAAAAGCUCUUGGAAGAGGCCCAGGCCAAUAUAAUGAAGUCAAUUCCUAACCUGGAGAUGCCUCCUCAGCCAGCAGCCCUGCCUAAAGGGGAUGCAGUGGACAAGCUAGAAGUCUCAGAAGAAGUUCCUGAUGGAGAACAGGAUAAUGACAAGCUGACCAAGUCUCCACCUCCUCCACCUCCACGGCGCAGUUACCUGCCAGGAUCAGGACUAACUACAACAAGAUCAGGAGAUGUCAUCUAUGCAGCCAGAAAAGAGGUUGCUGCUGUCAAGGAAUGCAGUGAAGAUGCUGGGCAAAUAGCACAACCCAAAGCCCCUAAAGAGGAUCAGGCAUUGUCUCAGAUCACAGGGCAUGCUGUAGCAUCAGCUGCAAAAGAUGAAGAGGAAGAGGAAGGGGAUAAAAUAAUGGCAGAAUUACAGGCUUUCCAGAAGUGCUCUUUUAUGGAUGUAAACUCAAACAGUCAUGCUGAACAGUCCAGAAAUGAUACACAUGUUAAAGACAUAAGGCCUGGGACUUUAAUGCAUCACAAGGAAAAGAAGGUGUAUGGGGCUACAACAGGAUCUCCCACAGAUAGUGACCAUCCUAAAGAGAAGAGGGAAGGGAAAAAUGAAGAAGAAUUGGGUUCUGAUGCAUCCAGCACAGCUGACAGUAAAAUUGUCUUUUCAAUGAAUGACAGUCCUACAUUUAGCAAGGGUUUGUUUGUAGACAGUAGAGACUAUUCUAAGAAAAACCUUCCGAAUGUGAGCACAAACCUGUCUGGUGUCAGUUUGCCAGAGGAUGACAAACAAAGAGGGGCUGAAGAUAUUUUAGGAUCCCGUUUUCCAGCUGUUGAAACUGGGAAACAAAAGCCAGACUACAGACUCUCACGAGAUGCUCACCAGGGCCUACUGCAGGGUGAAGCCUUGCAGAGCACGGUCAAGCAUAUCCCCAUCAGCAGCGUUGCCCCUCUGAUGAGGCACACGCAGGAGUCUGUGGGGCCUCAACCUUCCUUGCAGGAGCAAGAAGCUUCUGCAGUCAACUACAAUCAGGUCCUGUUGAGAUCCAAAGUGUCCAGAAGUAACAGCGUGAACAGCACUGAAGAGAUGGACUCUCCGUCUGUCUCUCCAAGUGAAGACAACCCACCCACAGAAAACAUCGCCUUCAUGAUUACUAAAACAGCUGUCCAGGUCCUCUCGAGCGGGGAGGUUCACGAUAUAGUCAGCAGGAAAGGUGGGGAUGUGCAAACAGUGAACAUCGAUGCAAGGAAGGACGUGGUGUCGGAGAAGGGUGUCCCAGAAAACACAGACAGUGAAGAGCCAGUGGUGUGUCUGGACAAAAAACCCGUCAUCAUCAUUUUUGAUGAACCGAUGGAUAUUAGGUCAGCGUAUAAGCGGCUUUCUACAAUUUUUGAGGAAUGUGAUGAGGAGCUGGAGAAAAUGAUGACAGAUGAAAAGAUAGAAGAGGAAGAGGAGGAGGAAGCAAAUGAAACACAUGAAAUCUCCGAGAGGCAGAAGGAAGAGCCACCAGUAGCAGAAGACAGAAAAGCAAUCACGGAGUAUGCAGCAGCUCGCAGUCUUAAUGAGCAGCACAUACUUAACCUCCAGUCUUCCUCCGACUCUGCAGAAACCAGAUCUCCUGCAGAGGAGGAAAACACAAAGACAAAUUUUAACAAAUACCGCCAGAUCUAUGGGCUAGACACAGAAGCAAACUCGGACUCUGCUGAUCAGUGUGGGAGCAGGCAGGAUUCUAAGAAAAAAUUUAAGUUCAAAUUCCCUAAAAAGCAGCUGGCUGCUCUGACGCAGGCGAUACGGACAGGAACCAAGACUGGGAAGAAGACCUUGCAGGUUGUGGUCUAUGAAGAAGAGGAGGAAGAUGGGACCCUGAAGCAGCACAAGGAAGCAAAGAGAUUUGAAAUCACCAGGUCUCAGCCCGAGGACAGUGACAAAAGUCCUUCUGCGAAGCACGAGGGACCCCCGGGAUCUGCAGCGUCCCUGUCUAGGACUGAUGAGAUUCGACAGAGUACAUACCGAACGCUAGACAGCCUUGAGCAGACUAUAAAGCAGCUGGAAAACACCAUCAGUGAAAUGAGUCCAAAAUCUAUCCCUGAAAAAACUUACAGCUCUGAGGGAAGCACUGUCCCCUUCUCUACCCAGAUAGUACCAGAGACCCCAUCCCAAGAGCUUGUAGUGCUGGAUGAGAGCCUUGCUGGCGUAGAGCCCCCUCCGUCAAUCCCAACCACUUCACGUAAGGGCUCCAGUGCUGCCUCCCAGACAAGCCGGAUGCCAGUCCCCAUGGCUUCAAAGUCUAGACAAGGGAGCAUGGAGAAAGCAGGCAAACAGCACAAGCUGCAGGACCCACGCCAAUACAGACAGGCUAAUGGAAGUGCUAAGAAAGCUGGUGGGGACUAUAAGGCUACUUCCCCUACCCUACCUGCUUCUAAGAUCCCAGCCUUUUCUCCCACUUCUGGGAAAAGCGGCUCAGCACCCGCUUCUAGCGGUGACAGCUCUAACCCUCUUAAUCCACCUACUAAAUCCUCCAUUCCUUCCUCUAACCUUCUCGGUCCUCAGACAGGUCGCAUAACUUACUCUACCUCCCUCAUCCCCUCUGUCUCUAACGGCUCCUCCAAGUUUCAGAGCCCCAUUUACCCAGGGAAAGGCCACCACCUCUCGUUCUCGCCUCAGACCCAAAACGGCCGGUCACCCCCUCCUUCCUCCUCUACCUCCCCCCCCUCCUCUACUUCUCCCACCUCACUGAGCCAAGGUGUGAAGAGCAUCAGGACAAUCCACACACCUAGCUUCACCAGCUACAAGGCACAGAACGGAAAUGCCGGCAAGUCCACGCCCUCGGCGGCCAAGGAGCCCUCCUAA